AUGAAAGAGCCAUCUGCUAUAGCUGCAACCGCAAAGGAAGAAGAUGCGAUGGGAUGGCACACACUUCGUCGGAGUACAAAACAAAAAGUCAUAGUAGUUUUAUUAUCAUCAAAAAUCAAUUCAUACCCUCAAUCAACUUUCGUCUCUGAUUUUUUCGAAGAUAGUGAAAUGGCAAAGAGUUUAUUCAAGCAAGAACAUGAUCUUGAAAAAAGGAGAGCAGAGGCUGCUAGAAUUAGAGAGAAAUACCCUGAUAGGAUUCCUGUGAUUGUGGAGAAAGGGGAGAGAAGUGAUGUUCCUAACAUCGAUAAGAAAAAGUACCUUGUUCCAGCUGAUUUGACUGUUGGUCAAUUUGUUUAUGUGAUACGUAAAAGGAUUAAACUGAGUGCUGAGAAGGCCAUAUUCAUCUUUGUUGACAAUGCCCUGCCCCCAACAGGGGCAAUUAUGUCCGCGAUAUAUGAAGAAAAGAAGGACGAUGAUGGUUUCUUGUAUGUUACCUACAGUGGAGAGAACACGUUUGGAGACGAUUGACAUUUUAUAUGUUUUCAUCACAUUUUCCAAUAAUGGAUUAUAUUUUCUUGGAAUCUUGUUCUUUUAUCAAGAAUUUGACUACAAUCAUAUAAUUGGAGAAUUGUAUAUAAUCAUUUACCCUUUGUUUUUAUUCAUGAAUCUUUAUAUUUAAUUUUCAUGGAUGUUUCUGUAUUCUGAUUGAGACCGAAGGAAAUAAUGAGUAGUUGUUUGUUAUAAGGGU